AUACUUCACAAUGUGUCUUUAUCUAAAGCCAACCAGGGUCGAAGCCAAAAGGGUCAUCAAUGAAGAGGCCACAGUUCCACUUUGACCUGUGGUUCUAUCUCACAGUGCAAAACUGGGUACUGGACUUUGGAAGGCCCAUUGUAAUGGUAUGGUCAAACUGCUGGGCGAUUCAACGCCAGGACAGCCCGAAAAUAUUUUGGGGUAUCUCAGAUUGUUCUGGCAAUUCUUACAUAGAAACGUCAUUGGGGUGAAGGAUAUUUGACAUGCUUUUUACAUUUGUAUCACAAACCGUUUUUGAGAAAAUCAUGAUGAAAGUAGCCAUUUUAGGCUUCCUCAUAUCCCAAAGAGGGAUAAGCUUACCACACUGGGUGGAGUACGUUACUCCAUAACAAUGCAAUACAUCUUGAAGGAAAUUAUUGUUGACACAAAUCCAUUAUGGAUUACUUUAGUCAACCAUAUAAGGUUCAUGUGGAGGUGUAUUUGAACAGGGAUGGCUGCUGCACAUUUCCAGUCCCUCCACUCAAGUGCAGGUUAACUUUGUGUUGGUCUUUGUCAACAGAGUCAUUUAGAGUUAGAUUCCCAUGACAAAUGUUGUCUUAAAAUUGUCAUAACAAAUCAUAAUGGAAUGAACACGAUCAAACAUGAUUUGAUAGACUCUCUAAUAGGUUGAUAAACGUGUACUUCUAUGAUGCACAAACUAUACCCUUUCAUUCACAUGUUUGGCCACACCAUUUUGAACUAUUGUAACAAACAAGCUAAUCUAUACGAAAUGUAAGCCCUUUUUAGACCUAUACAUGCCUGCUGUAAUGUAGUUUGGUUGAAAUUAUACAACCAUUAUGUAGAAAUUAUGUUGAACAUAAUAAUAAAUUACAUUGAUCAAUCUGACACAAAUAUGAUGUGAAUAAAUGCAACAGGCCCUGUGCGUCUCUGGAGGAAUCUAGUCAUGGUAGCGAGCAUUACAUCUCCUCUCAGUAUGAAAAUAUAAUGAACAUGUGUCUAACUUGCACUGUUAUCAAAUUAUUAAGAGACUAGAUACAUUUUACAUUUUAGUCAUUUAGCAGACGCUCUUAUCCAGAGCGACUUACAGUUUAGUGAGUGAAUACAUUUUUCAUACUGGCCCCCCGUGGGAAACGAACCCACAACCCUGGCGUUGCAAGCGCCAUGCUUUACCAACUGAGUGACAGGGGACUAGCUUAUCCUGGCGACCAAUGUUCUAGCAUGAAUAUAUUGAGGCAAGCAGAUCAGAGACGUGAAGGUGGAACCCAAGAAUGUGCAGUGUAUAGUGAAAAUAACAACUGUCAAUAGACCUAAAUGAUGAGCGUAUAGUCAAUCAAAUAAUUACUCUGUAGAACGAGGAAUGCAUUUACUCAAUUCAACUAAUAGAAUGUAUUAGUCACAAAAGAAUGAACACUCAAACAAUUGAGUGGACAUGAUACCUUCCAGAAUACUCCGAGAAAAUGACUGUCCCCAAUAGGCUUAACGUGGUUACACGUGUCUUCAGUUCAGAAUCAUCUCUAAAAGAAAAAGCAGUGUGACACAGGAGCUUGCUAGCAAGUUCUCAAAGUAUAAGUGAAUUCACUGUCCUUUCAACCAAAUGCAAGCACAAACUCACCCCCAACCUGAAUGAACAUUUCUUUGCACUUUUGCUAGUAAAAACAAAAGACAAGAAAACACACCCAGAUACGAAUCUAAUCAACUGAAUUUAAAUUAUAGGAGCGCACCCGUGUCGCUCCUCUUUGAGCUAUCCGCCAUCCGACGAACAAAACCUAAGUUUCCCUAUAACAAUAAAUACAUACCAAUUAAACUACAAUAAAACAUAAACAUUUGUAGCGUUUUAUAAACUCUUGAAACAAUCCAAACAUGACAAUUUAAUUCACACGGUAACAUUCAUUUAGUCGAUUCAAGUUUCAUCAGUCUUCACACCUCUCCUGGCGUCAGUGACCCCAGGACUUCCAUGUGAUCCCCCGAUAAGAUGUGUUUGACCCCUGUGAUAGCCCACGAAUGGUCAGCCAUCCAAACAAUGUCAUAAAUCGUGAUUGAGUCUUCACGCUGGGCCUCAGCGACAGCAAGUCGCUAGUCGCGAGUAUCACCUUCUCUCAUUCUUCCACUACAGUAAGACCCUAUGAUGCGUGAACCGUACAUGAUACAGACAACAUCCUGGUGUCAUUAUACUCCUUAGUGUGUGCUCUAACAUAUGGAGGAGGGAAUUGCCAGGGACCUCACGAUACGAUAUUAUCACCAUGCUUAGGUGCCGAUACGAUAUGUAUUUCGAUUCUCACGAUUCUAUAAGUAUUGCGAUUUGAUACAGUAUGUCUGGUGCGGAGAGAUAAGCGAGAGCAUGGGACAAUGAGUUUUGAUCAGUCAUGGAAAUAAAAGUGCUGAAAACAUGUUGGCUCACUAUUUAAAAAGAUGGAGAACAAGCUAUAGGAUACCUGAGUUUUGGCGAGUUUUAUAUUUUUUACAGAUCUAUACUCAAAGUAUCGAUAUAAUAUCGGCCACAAUAAUAUUGCGAUAUGUAACUGUAGAUUUUUUUUAUACCCCUUAUCACUAAUAUGGAGUAUGUCUAAAUUCUGAAAUGCAAUUCUUUACAUUUAUUUAGUCAACAUAAACAUUUUAAAUAUCUCAUAAGUACCCUUUUUGAUUUUGUUAAUUUUAAGACAUUGGUUGGAAAAAUAUACUCUAACAUGCUGACCAGACCACACCGUGCGCAUGUUGAUUUUGUCCGACCACACCAGACGCGAUCAGGACACCCAGGUUGAAAUAUCUAAACGAACUCUGAACCAACUACACUGCUCAAAAAAAUUAAGGGAACACUUAAACAACACAUCCUAGAUCUGAAUGAAUGAAAUAAUCUUAUUAAAUACUUUUUUCUUUACAUAGUUGAAUGUGCUGACAACACAAUCACACAAAUAUUAUCAAUGGAAAUCAAAUGUAUCAACCCAUGGAGGUCUGGAUUUGGAGUCACCCUCAAAAUUAAAGUGGAAAACCACACUACAGGCUGAUCCAACUUUGAUGUAAUGGCCUUAAAACAAGUCAAAAUGAUGCUCAGUAGUGUGUGUGGCCUCCACGUGCCUGUAUGACCUCCCUACAACGCCUGGGCAUGCUCCUGAUGAGGUGGCGGAUGGUCUCCUUAGGGAUCUCCUCCCAGACCUGGACUAAAGCAUCCGCCAACUCCUGGACAGUCUGUGGUGCAACGUGGCGUUGGUGGAUGGAGCGAGACAUGAUGUCCCAGAUGUGCUCAAUUGGAUUCAGGUCUGGGGAAUGGGCGAGCCAGUCCAUAGCAUCAAUGCCUUCCUCUUGCAGGAACUGCUGACACACUCCAGCCACAUGAGGUCUAGAAUUGUCUUGCAUUAGGAGGAACCCAGGGCCAACCGCACCAGCAUAUGGUCUCACAAGGGGUCUGAGGAUCUCAUCUCGGUACCUAAUGGCAGUCAGGCUACCUCUGGCGAGCACAUGGAGGGCUGUGCGGCCCCCCAAAGAAAUGCCACCCCACACCAUGACUGACCCACCGCCAAACCGGUCAUGCUGGAGGAUGUUGCAGGCAGCAGAACGUUCUCCACGGCGUCUCCAGACUCUGUCAUGUCUGUCACGUGCUCAGUGUGAACCUGCUUUCAUCUGUGAAGAGCACAGGGCGCCAGUGGCGAAUUUGCCAAUCUUGGUGUUCUCUGGCAAAUGCCAAACGUCCUGCACGGUGUUGGGCUGUAAGCACAACCCCCACCUGUGGAUGUCGGGCCCUCAUACCACCCUCAUGGAGUCUGUUUCUGACCGUUUGAGCAGACACAUGCACAUUUGUGGCCUGCUGGAGGUCAUUUUGCAGGGCUCUGGCAGUGCUCCUCCUGCUCCUCCUUGCACAAAGGCGGAGGUAGCGGUCCUGCUGCUGGGUUGUUGCCCUCCUACGGCCUCCUCCACGUCUCCUGAUGUACUGGCCUGUCUCCUGGUAGCGCCUCCAUGCUCUGGACACUAUGCUGACAGACACAGCAUACCUUCUUGCCACAGCUCGCAUUGAUGUGCCAUCCUGGAUGAGCUGCACUACCUGAGCCACUUGUGUGGGUUGUAGACUCCGUCUCAUGCUACCACUAGAGUGAAAGCACCGCCAGCAUUCAAAAGUGACCAAAACAUCAACCAGGAACCAUAGGAACUGAGAAGUGGUCUGUGGUCACCACCUGAAGAACCACUUCUUUUUUGGGGGUGUCUUGCUAAUUGCCUAUAAUUUCCACCUGUUGUCUAUUCCAUUUGCACAACAGCAUGUGACAUUUAUUGUCAAUCAGUGUUGCUUCCUAAGUGGACAGUUUGAUUUCACAGAAGUGUGAUUGACUUGGAGUUACAUUGUGUUGUUUAAGUGUUCCCUUUAUUUUUUUGAGCAGUGUAUAUUAAUUUGGGGACAGGUCGAAAAGCAUUAAACAUUUAUGGCAAUUUAGCUAGAUAGCUUGCUGUUGCUUGCUAAUUUGUCCUGGGAUAUAAACAUUGGGUUGUUAUUUUACCUGAAAUGCACAAGGUUCUCUACUCCGACAAUUAAUCCAUAGAUAAAAGGGUAAACAGAGUUUGUUUCUAGUAAUCUCUCGGUUGGCAACCAACUUUAAGAUGCAUUAACACCACCAACUGCACUGGAGUGUGGACCUCUCAUCUUUCAAUCACCCACGUGGGUAUAUGCUCCUAAAAACCGAUGGGAGAGGUGGGACUUGCAGCGCGUCAGGCGUCACAAAUAGAACCAAGUUCUAUUUUAGCGCCUGGCUACGCAGACACUCAUUGAGGCGCGCGAGCAGUGUCGGUGCAAUGAUUUGAAUAACACGUAUGUGUACAUUUAUUUACACGCGACGCAAGCGGUGGGGUCAGCAUGUAAGGACAUCAAAUUUCCAGAGUUGUUUGUCUGCUAAUUUUGAAGUUAUGAUACAUUUUAUUACCAACACAGUGAAUGGGAAAAUGGAUUCAAAUGGAACUUCCUCUGCUGGUGAUUUGCUGAAUGUGCAAUCCUAAAAGAGGGCUAUGAUUUCUUAAUGACCUUAUUGUCAAUUUCUGUGUAUAAAAUGGGUCAUAUCUUCAAAGGUACCAGAGAGCCCACUGACACUAUAAGUAUAAUGACACCAAGAUAUUGUCUGUAUCAUGUACGGUUCACGGAUCAUAGGUUCUUACAGGAGGCAUUUUCAUCAUGAUAAAAACAAAAGAAUACCUUGAUACAAAUGUAAAAAGCAUGUCUAACAUACUUCCCUUCCAAUAAAGUUUCUAUGUGAGAAUUGCCAGAACAAUCUGAGAUACCCAAAAUAUUUUCGGGCUGUCCUGGCGUGGAACCACCCUGCUACAAUAAUAUAUUUGAGUAAAUAAGGAAGUGUAACAAACAAAUAGCCUAGUUAUAGCAGCAUUCAAAUCUAUGAAUGCAACCCUGUGUUGUAUCCAUGAUUUCAUUUAGAUCAUUCUCCCUCUGGAGUGGUUCCCCCUGAACAAACCCAGUGCUGGAGACUACUUUCACAUGGCCUACAAUGUCAUCACGCCAUUCCUACUGCUCAAGGUGGGUGACUGUCUGGAACCACCAAACACAAACUGCAAUGCUGGUUGAUACCGUUUGUUCACAAUCACAGUUGGCCUAUAAGAAGCUACAGUGACAAUAAAAUGUGUCCCAAAUAAUCUAUUUCAAUAUGUAAUUAAUUAAUUAAUCUGAUGAAUUUGUGAUGCACACAUGCUAUACUAAGCGUGUGUGUGUGUGGUACGCACUGACUGUGUGUGUUUACAUGCCUGUUAAUGUGUGUGUGCUCUCGUACCUCUCUGAGCAGCUGAUUGAGCGGAGUCCCAGGGCCCUGCCUCGCUCCGCUGUGUACCUGAGCAUCAUCACCUUUGUGAUGGGCGCCAGCAUCCACCUGGUGGGAGACUCCAUCAACCACCGUCUCCUGCUGAGCGGUUACCAGCUCCACCUGUCUGUCAGAGAGAACCCCAUCAUCAAAGACCUCAAACCUGCUACACUGGUAGGCUAUACCUUUUUAUUAUAUAAGAUAUACUUCGUUAGUCCAUAUGGGAUGGAAAUGUGUCUUCUGCUUUUUACCCAACCCCUCUGAUACAAUCUGACCAACGUAUGCAAAAUUAUAGUUGUGGGUUAACCGAGAUGAAUGAACGCAUGGUGCCUGGUAGAGCUCAAAUGUAUGCUGUUUUAUAUCAACCAACCAAAAAAUGCUGAUGAUGUUUGAAAAUGUUUCUUAUUUUAUUUAUUUUAGAUUGAUUCGUUUGAACUUCUUUAUUUUUAUGAUGAACAGCUGGGACAUUUAAUGUGGUAGGUAUCGGAUCAUGUAGUAAUUUCUUUUAAUGGGAUAUUCUCUUCUGCGUAAAACUGGAAUUGGUUGAUAUUAUAACUUAGUUUAAAACCUGUUUUAAAGUGGUUGAACAUUGACUGUUUUUCAAAUGUAGUUGCUUUGAUGUAUUUAUGUCUGUAUAUCUAAAAAUCUAAUCUAAUUUUAUUGUUCGGGUACACAUGCUUUGCAGAUGUUAUUGCGGGUGUAGAGAAAAGCUUAUGUUUCCUAGCUCCAACAGUGCAGUAAUACCUAACAAUACAAAACAAUAAACGCAAGUCACAAAAAUUUAAAUAAAGGAAUUAAGAAAUAUAGGAAUUUUAGAACGAGCAAUGUCAGAGUCCGGAAUAUAAAUAUGUAUGUAUAUGUUGGUAUGUAUAGACAAUGAGAUUAUGGACAGCAUAUGAAUAGAAAAGGUGUGUACAGCAGUAGUUAUAUAGGAUGAGCCUGGACUAGAAUACACUAUAUACAUCAGAAGUGGGGAAAACAGUAUGUAAACAUUAUUAAAGUUCAAUAUGUGUAAUAAGUUGACAUGAAGUAGUUUUCAACAGAGUUCUCUCUACCUCCAGGUAUAUUCCUUUCUUCGUCAUCCUCUUCCUCUACUUCACCGGCUGUUUUACUCACGUCAAAGAGGAUAAGACGAUGCCCCUGUCUGGUUGGCUGCUACUCGGACCCAGUGCCCUCUACUAUUGGUCAGUCCCCUCAUUACUUCCUUAUUUUGACUUGAGUAAAGUUUUCUGAGCAAAACAGCUCCAAGUGAUUUUAAUUUUGGAAAUCUAUAGCAAGAUAUAUGUGAUCUUAUACAAAUGUAAGCAAGUUUUGAAAUUAUUGUUUUAGUCAAAUAUCUGUUUGGGCUUCUUGAGGUCAAUUUGCAGUCUACAAAUUAUUUGUCAUGAUGUUCCGGCCCCCUGACCAUCUGCUGAAGAAAAAAUUGGCCCGCUGCUUAAUCUAGUUGAUGAUCCCUGCCAUACAACACUCCUUCCGUAGCCUCCAACUGCUCUUAAACCACUAGUAAAACUAAAUGCAUGCUCUUCAAUCGAACGCUGCUGGCACCCGCCCACCCGACUAGAAUCACUACUCUCGACGGGUCUGACCUAGAGUAUGUGGACAACUACAAAUACCUAGGUGUCUGGUUAGACUGUAAACUCUCCUUCCAGACUCACAUUAAGCAUCUCCAAUCCAAAGUUAAAUCUAGAAUCGGCUUCCUAUUUCGCAACAAAGCCUCCUUCAAUCAUGCUGCCAAACAUGCCCUCGUAAAACUGACUAUCCUACCGAUCUUUGACUUCGGCGAUGUCAUUUACAAAAUAGCCUCCAACACUCUACUCAGCAAAUUGGAUGUAGUCUAUCACAGUGCCAUCCGUUUUGUCACCAAAGCCCCAUAUACUACCCACCACUGUGACCUGUACGCUCUUGUUGGCUGGCCCUCACUACAUAUUCGUCGUCAAACCCACUGGCUACAGGCCAUCUAUAAAUCACUACUAGGCAAAUCCCCGCCUUAUCUUAGCUCAUUGGUCACCAUAGCAACACCCACCCGUAGUAUGCGCUCCAGCAGGUAUAUCUCACUGGUCAUCCCCAAAGCCAACACCUCCUUUGACCACCAUUCCUUCCAGUUCUCUGCUGCCAAUGACUGGAACGAACUGCAAAAAUCUCUGAAGCUGGAGACUCUUAUCUCCCUCACUAACUUUAAGCAUCAGUUGUCAGAGCACCUUACCGAUCACUGCACCUGUACACAGCCCAUCUGAAAUUAGCCCAACCAACUACCUCAUCCCCAUAUUGUUAUUUAUUUUGCUCAUUUGCACCCCAGUAUCUCUAUUUGCACAUCAUCUCUUGCACAUCUAUCAUUCCAGUGUUAAUACUAAUUGUAAUUAUUUUGCACUAUGGCCUAUUUAUUGCCUUACCUCCAUAACUUGCUACAUUUGCACACACUGUAUAUAUAUUUUCUGUUGUAUUUUUGACUUUAUGUUUUGUUUUACCCCAUAUGUAACUCUGUGUUGUUUUUAUCGCACUGCUUUGCUUUAUCUUGGCCAGGUUGCAGUUGUAAAUGAGAACUUGUUCUCAACUGGCUUACCUGGUUAAAUAAAGUUAAAAAAAUAAAUAGAGGUUUGCUGAAUUCUAAUUGGCAAUUGUACUCCAUUGUGUGAUUUAUGUCAUACUGUAAGUACCUGAAGUAUGGGACAUUUCACUGUGUGAAGCGUGGCUCAACUCUUUGUAAGUAUUUUCUUCUAAAAAGUGAAAGUAUCUUGACUGCAGCUCUCACUUCUGCCCCUCUCUCACACCUUCUCAGGUACUUGGUCACGGAGGGUCAGAUCUUCCAACUCUUCCUCCUCACCUUCCUAGCUAUGGUAGCCACGGUGAUCCACCAGCGACAUAAGGGCUCGGUCCCGGACGCCAACGGCCACUUUCUGUUCGCCAGCUUCUCUGUCACCAUGUGCCUGGUCGCCGUGUGGGUGGCCUGGCUGUGGAGCGACCCAGUGCUGCGUAAGAAAUAUCCUGGUCUCUUGUACGUCCCCGAACCCUGGUCCUACUACACGUUACACGUCAAGGACAGCCAAUGAUGGGAGUGACAACAGGUGAGUGUCCAGUAAGAUGCUAGUUUGUGUUAGCCUGGGUGCCAGUUUGAUGAUGAUAGUUUGUGUUAGCCUGGGUGCCACUAUGAUGCUAGUUUGUGUUAGCCUGGGUGCCACUAUGAUGAUGCUAGUUUGUGUUAGCCUGGGUGCCAUUAUGAUAACGCUAGUUUGUGUUAGCCUAGGAGCCAGUAUGAUGCUAGUUUGUGUUCGCCUGGGUGCCAGUAUGACAUUGCUAGUUUGUGUUAGCCUGGGUGCCAGUAUGACAUUGCUAGUUUGUGUUAGCCUGGGUGCCAGUAUGACAUGCUAGUUUGUGUUAGCCUGGGUGCCAGUAUGUGACAUUGCUAGUUUGUGUUAGCCUGGGUGCCAGUAUGAUGAUGCUAGUUUGUGUUAGCCUGGGAGCCAGUAUGAUGAUGCUAGUUUGUGUUAACAAUUAGUUAUCCAGGUUAGGUUUGCAUGGAGUAAGGAAAGUUAUUAUGAGCCGUCCUUCCAUCACCACCCUCCUGUGGAAUGGACUAAUAUUGACUUACAUUUUGUAGAAUUUACAGGUCUGAAACUUUCCUUCGCCAGAUAAAUGGUGUAUCUGCUCUGCUCCCAAAUGGUGGAAUGACAUCAUCAGCAAGCGCCACAUGGAGUGUGGAUCAAGCACAGUGUUGUGGUGCAUUCUGGGACAGGCCCCUCUUUUCUACAGUUGCACCCAACCCCGUCUACAUGACAGUGACCAUCUUACAGUAUGUAAUGUUACAGUAUUCAUUUAAAAUGAGACAAACUUUGAAAUGAACUCAAAGAAAGGUCAGUGUCGUAUGUACUUGAACAUCAUUGGAUUGCUUAAUGUAAGUUGUUUAAACAUUUGAAAAUCUGAUAUUUUUUGUAAUAAAUGUUUCUUACUCCACUUUAUGUGUAUUGUGUUUAUGAGCUUUGAAGACAUGUUUAACUUUACUUGCUUAUAAGGUAUAACAGAUGUCAUCAUCAUCAGGGUUUUUCCCAUACUGAAGUAAGUCAUAUGUCUCCUAUAGCAGAUUUACAUUUGACAUUUUAGUAAUUUAGCAGACGCUCUUAUCCAGA